CGGAUGAAUCCGGACAUUUUCAUGUCUGUUCUGUGGGCAGAACCUCUCUGCCCUGCUAGAACCGGGCCCAAGCCCUCCUUCGUUCUCUUCUGUUGGGCCAAGCUAAAUUCAGAGCAAAGACACUCACACAAGGGUAUCGAACGCACAUAGAUCCUCCCCGUUUGGUCGCCAGUUUCUUGCUAUUGAUCACUCUUUUGUGAAUGCCUUGACUUGCUCAUUUAUUGUAUUCUCUAGUAGCUGCUGGAUUUGUUUUCUUAAAGAUUUGAUCCCGCUCGAUGUUCAGUUAGCAGCUUUAUUUGUCAAAACUCACUGUCUGCAACUUCUAAAUUCAUUCCACUAUGAUUCAAACCCAAAUUUCAAGCAUAUUGACCUUUUUUCGGAUUCUCUUCCUCUGAACCUUUUUGAAAGGAAGAGUUUGUUUAUUGGCAAAUUGCGAGCAAAUCCACAUUUAAGUCCCAGCUUGUUCACUCGCUCGCCGAACAAAGCUGAGAUCUCUGAAGCUGCCAGCACUGUUGUUUACAGACACCAGACACGCAGGGCUCCCAAUAUUUGGAUUUGAUAAGAAAACAUUAUUUUUUUUCCAUGUAUGAUUUUACAUAAAACAGGACAACAGAAGUGCCAAACUCAAACACGAAAACAGCUCACAUCUGUUAGAGCUCAUCCAACGUGAAACAUAAAGUUUACAUACAACGCUAAAUGUUUACAGACUACCGUUUUUUUUUUUUUUUUUCAUCGCAGUUUUUCUUACAUGAAUCGUAACUUUUCGUGCCAUAAACUCCUCCAAGAAAACUCUUCACUUGGAGAUAUGUAAGACUCUUUUUGUGGAGCGGUUGUUAUAUUAAAAGGAGUCUCAUUUUAUUUACAGAAAAGUAUAGAAAAAAAAUAAAACUACUACUGUACUGCCUAUUUUGAAGAUUUCGAAUUUUGGCCUAGAGACUGUAAAACUGUCAACCGACAAGGCCAAAAUUAAAUAUCCGACACCUGCUGCCAUAAAACAACUACAUUAUUGUAUAUUUAUAAUCUGUUAAAAGUUUUCAUUUCAGAACAACAGCCAUUCCACAGCCAGUUCGUACAGGGCCUAAAAAAAACAAACCCUGAAAGACCUCAAUGUUUACAAAAGCUGCUUAAGGGAAGGAUUUGUAUACCAAGAGAAAUGUUUACAUUAAGCUGAAGGAGUGACAUGCCAAACACAUUCACCAUCCAUUGCUCCAACUAAGUGAAUCCGCUGAACUCUGAGAGAAGCCCUUUGCUCCUGUGCAGUGUGUACAGAACAAGAAAGGGACUAGUUCAUCGCACUUUUCAUACAAGAGGUUUUUAUAAUUCAAAAAAGACGCUGACAAUUCACAUUUGGAGCUGUUUAUGUGAUAUAUAUAUAUAUAUUUUUUUUUUGGGGAUUUUUUUUGGUGGAUUUUUUAACACCUCAAGAACUUUGUGAUCAAACGAUGAAACCUACAACUCUAAGAGCGAUGUUUUGCUCGUCCCUCGCUCUCCUGCUUUGCUCCUGCCUCGCCGUCUCCACGUUAACCGUCGCCACGGAGAGGCGCGGCGUCGACGGCGACGUCAGGACUCCGACCGCCGCCGCCGGCAGUGGCAAGAAGAGCACCGCCUUGUUCCUCCUGACGGGCUACAAGCCGCCGCUGCCCCCGCUGCCCGCCGGGCCCAAAGUGGCGCCGAAAGCGGCCGAGGUGGAGGACGGAGAUGACCCGCCAGUUGUGGCCGAGCUCCCUCCGAAGCCCCUCCCUCAGACCAUGUUGCCGAGGAACAUGACGGCCGACGCCCUGAAGCCUCCGCUCGGCGCGGCCCAGGUGGCUCCGCCUCCCAGACAGCUGGUGGACGUGGACGUGUGCAGGGGUUACUACGACGUGAUGGGGCAGUUUGACACCACGUUCAACUGCUCCAAGGGCAGCUACAUCUACUGCUGCGGUACCUGCCACUACCGGUUCUGCUGCGAGCACCAGAGGAGCCGGCUGGACCAGGAAGCCUGCAACAACUACAACUCCCCCGUCUGGGCCGACCCACAGGUCCCCGUCACCGUAAACGCAGACAACAAGCCCGACCCGGACUUUGAGACGCUCCAGCAGCAGAACAGCAGCACGGCCUAUGUGAUCGGGGGUGUGAUUUCCUUCACGCUGGUGGUGGCUGUGGGCGUCAGGAUCGCCUUCAGCAAGGUGGCGCGGCGACCCCGCAACAGGGACAUCAACAUGCCCAGAUCACUGGUGGAUAUCUUGCGUCACCAGUCGAGCCCGGUGCAGCAGGGAGAGAGGAACAACACCGCAGCGUUGACCACCACCGCCUCAGACGGACGAACAUCCAAAAACCACUACACCCCCGUCCUGCAGAGCAAAGACAACCGCAAGCGUGGAGCCCGUAUGAACAACACCUCCCAGCUCUCCUCUGGAGCCCCCCUGCUGUCAGGCAGCGGUAAAGGUCCCGGUGGCGGCGGUGGCGGCAGCAGCAUCCUCGGCGGGAGCAUGAGACACAACAGCAGCCACCCAAACUUCUCCCACUCCUUCCACAACCUGGCCCAGCUGCCACCUUCCUACGAGUCGGCCAUGAAACCUGAGAUCAACCGCUACAGCUCCCUGAAGAGGCUGGAGAAAGAGCUCGACGAGUACUCCAGCUACUACAACUCCAAGCGUCGCUCCAACAACGCUCCGCCCUCCUUCCACUCCUCGCAGCACUACUUGCCCUGGGGAGGAGACUACACGCUGGGGUCCCGGGGCACGCUGCCCCUCCACGGCUCGCGGCCCCGCCUCCACAUCCCCGCCUCCACGCCGAACCCGUACCCGCUGCCCGCCCAGUCGCAGUACUCCUUCGACCGGCCGCCGCGCCGCGUCCGCUCCCAGGACCAGCUGCUGGCGCUCGGGGAGGGCAACACGCUGUCCCGCCUGUCCAAGAACCAGCAGCACCAGUACUACAAAGCCAUGAUGAGCACCAGCAGGGGCUCCAACUCGCAGACGCUCCGCAGGUCCCACGAGAGGCUCCUGGUCUCCCCCGACCGUCUGGAGGACCGGCUGAUGAUGGGCCUGGACCGAGCGGGAGGAAGCGGGAUGGUGCCCACUAUGGGCCGGCUCAGCCACCAACAGAAGACCCAGUCGCAGCAGAACAUCUGCGCCACGCCGUCGCUGGAGCGCCACCACAUGAUCAAGAUGAACUCCCACCCGACGCCAGGCCACGACCGCGACCGCAGCUCCGCCGGCAUGCCUGGGAUGGGCAUGCACGGCGGCUGGGACCCCCACGGGGGCCACGGCGGAGGCGGCGGCGGAGUGGGCCACCCCAACGCCCGGCGGAUGGCUUUCGCCAGCAAGAGGCAGAACACCAUCGAACAGCUGCACUUCAUCCCCGGGGGCGGAGGAGUGCAGGGACUGCGGACUGGGAGUAAGAACGAGGUGACAGUGUGAGAGGGCGGGGGAGGGGAAAGCGAGAGGAAGAUGAAGAGCGCGGAGCAGAGAAGUGAAGGCUGAAGCUGUGAAGAAGCUCAAGAGGCAUUUAGUGGGAAGAUGAAGUGGAGAGAUUGGGCCGCGAAAAAGAAAAAAGAGGUUUGAUCUCAGCUGGCUGCCUCACAGGGCUGCACAAACAGACCCCCCCCCCUCCACCCUCCCUCCC